GGGGCGGUGCGGGAGCGGCUCAGUGCGGCGGCGGCGGGCGCUCGGCGGGGACGCGGCGGCGCGGGCAGCGGCAACGGGGGCUCGUCGGGGCGGCCGCGGCUCCGGGAGCGCCUCCGGCCGCCACCUCGGGGCUCGGCCCCAUCAUGGGGCGGCCGCUGUGAGCGCGGCGGCGGCGGGGCUGAGCCGAUCGCCCCGGACGGGGCUCCCCUCCAUUGUUCCCGGGAGCGGCGGGACCGCGCCGCCGCGGGGCUCCGCUCGGAGGGGCUGACGGCCCGGCGGAGACCCCCCCGCGCCCGCCCGGGGCCAGCCCGGGGUCCCCAUGGAGUGGGAGUUGCGGAGCCCAGUCGCCGAGCAGUAGCCGCAGCAGUGGGAUGUUUACCUGGAGGUGCCUCAUCCUUUGGGCUGUGCUGGUCACAGCCGCGCUCUCAGCUGCCAGGCCGGCCCCGACCCUGCCCGACCAAGUUCUGCCCAAAGCCAAAAUCGAAGUGGAAUCCUACUCUGCUCACCCCGGCGACCUCCUCCAGCUGCGCUGCCGGCUGAGGGAUGACGUUCAGAGCAUCAACUGGGUGCGCGACGGCAUCCAGCUCACCGAGAACAACCGGACCCGCAUCACCGGGGAGGAGGUAGAGGUCAGGGAUGCGGUGCCCGAGGACUCGGGGCUCUAUGCCUGCAUGACCAACAGCCCCUCGGGGAGCGAGACCACCUACUUCUCCGUCAACGUCUCAGACGCGCUCCCCUCGGCAGAGGAUGAUGAUGAUGAAGAUGAUUCCUCUUCGGAGGAGAAGGAGGCGGAUAACACCAAGCCGAACCAGGCCAUCGCUCCCUACUGGACCUAUCCCGAGAAGAUGGAGAAGAAGCUCCACGCCGUCCCCGCUGCCAAGACAGUGAAGUUCAAGUGUCCAUCGAGCGGGACGCCCAACCCCACACUGCGCUGGCUGAAGAACGGCAAAGAGUUCAAACCCGACCACCGCAUCGGCGGGUACAAGGUCCGCUACGCGACCUGGAGCAUCAUCAUGGACUCGGUGGUGCCGUCCGAUAAGGGCAACUACACGUGCAUCGUGGAGAACAAAUACGGGAGCAUCAACCACACGUACCAGCUGGAUGUCGUGGAGCGGUCCCCGCACCGGCCCAUCCUGCAGGCAGGGCUGCCUGCCAACAAGACAGUGGCCCUGGGCAGCAACGUGGAGUUUGUCUGCAAGGUCUACAGCGACCCCCAGCCCCACAUCCAGUGGCUGAAGCACAUCGAGGUCAACGGCAGCAAGAUCGGCCCCGACAACCUGCCCUAUGUCCAGAUCCUGAAGACGGCUGGCGUUAACACGACAGACAAAGAAAUGGAAGUCCUUCACUUAAGGAAUGUCUCAUUUGAGGAUGCUGGGGAGUAUACAUGUUUGGCGGGUAAUUCUAUUGGGAUCUCCCAUCACUCUGCAUGGUUGACAGUUCUCGAAGCUAUUGAAGACACCCCGGCCAUGAUGACGUCCCCCCUUUACCUGGAGAUCAUCAUUUACUGCACCGGGGCCUUCCUCAUCUCCUGCAUGGUGGUGACCAUCAUCAUCUACAAGAUGAAGAGCACCACCAAGAAGACGGACUUUAACAGCCAGCUGGCCGUGCACAAGCUGGCCAAGAGCAUCCCUCUGCGCAGACAGGUAACAGUCUCGGCCGACUCCAGCUCCUCCAUGAACUCGGGCGUGAUGCUGGUCCGGCCUUCGCGCCUCUCCUCCAGCGGCACCCCCAUGCUGGCCGGCGUCUCCGAGUACGAGCUCCCCGAGGACCCGCGCUGGGAGCUGCCAAGGGAUAGGCUGAUCCUGGGCAAGCCGCUGGGAGAAGGAUGCUUCGGGCAGGUCGUGCUGGCAGAAGCCAUUGGCCUUGACAAGGACAAACCAAACCGUGUGACCAAGGUGGCCGUGAAGAUGCUCAAGUCCGAUGCCACGGAGAAGGACUUGUCUGACCUCAUCUCCGAGAUGGAGAUGAUGAAGAUGAUCGGCAAGCACAAGAACAUCAUCAACCUGCUGGGAGCCUGCACGCAGGACGGACCCCUCUAUGUGAUCGUGGAGUACGCCAGCAAGGGCAACCUGCGGGAGUACCUGCAAGCACGGCGGCCCCCGGGCAUGGAGUACUGCUACAACCCCACACGUGUCCCCGAGGAGCAGCUCUCCUUCAAGGACCUGGUCUCCUGUGCCUACCAAGUGGCCCGGGGCAUGGAGUACCUGGCCUCCAAGAAGUGCAUCCACAGGGACCUGGCGGCCAGGAACGUCCUGGUGACCGAGGACAACGUGAUGAAGAUCGCUGACUUCGGCCUGGCCCGUGACAUCCACCACAUCGAUUACUAUAAGAAGACCACGAAUGGUCGCCUGCCAGUGAAGUGGAUGGCCCCAGAGGCUCUGUUUGACCGAAUAUACACUCACCAGAGUGAUGUGUGGUCCUUCGGUGUGCUCCUGUGGGAGAUCUUCACAUUGGGUGGCUCACCCUACCCCGGUGUGCCCGUCGAGGAGCUCUUCAAGCUGCUGAAGGAAGGGCACAGGAUGGACAAGCCCAGCAACUGCACCAACGAGCUGUACAUGAUGAUGCGGGAUUGCUGGCACGCCAUCCCAUCCCAGAGACCCACCUUCAAGCAGUUGGUGGAAGACCUGGACAGGAUCGUGGCCAUGACCUCCAACCAGGAGUACCUGGACCUCUCCAUGCCGCUGGAUCAGUAUUCUCCCGGCUUCCCGGACACCCGCAGCUCCACAUGCUCCUCGGGAGAGGACUCGGUGUUCUCCCACGACCCUCUUCCAGACGAGCCGUGCCUUCCCAAGCUCCCCCCUCAGCACACCAACGGCGGACUGAAGCGACACUGAGGGGUGGCACUGCCACCAGGGACUGCCACACCGUGCCACGGGCUGCCCGCUCCUGCUUGAGCUAUUGCAGAAGGGGUUCAGAGACACAACCGGAGCAUCUCACAUAACCAAAACCAUCCACGUCUUGUGCCGGGAGCUCCCUGCAGCCCAAAGGUUUCCUUCUGCUGUUCCUUUUCUCUUUCCAAACCUCUGCCAUCCAGCCUGUGCUUGGAUAUUUCCACUUGGUUAAGCCGGAAUCCUCUCCUGUGGGCAGUGCCCGGCCAGGGAGCCAACCACCCAUCCCGGGAUGGGCUCGGAAAGCCGGGAUUAUCCAUGACUUGGAGCUAAGCCGGGCCCAGCGCCGGCUUCCUGUGGCUGUGCAAGGGGCUGAUCCUGCAGCUCAGCAGCGUGAGCACCGAUGGGAUUUGCUCUCCAAACCCCCGGCACGUCGGGAUCGGGAGCUGCAGCGGGUGCAUUGCUCAGAGGCAGCCGAAACCCCCCCCCCCAGUGCUAAAGACGAAACUCCUGUGUACAUAACGACAAAUAUGUAUAAAUAUGAAUAUAUAUUUACAUGUCUUUUUAAAAGGGUUGUUACCAGAGAUAUACCAGGCGGGUAGGAAGGUACUAGUGGCUGGUAGGGAUCAGUUGCUAUAAAAACAACAUAAAAGAAAAAAAAAGUCCAUAUAUUUUGCUACUUUUGCUGUUUUUAUUUUUUUAAAUUAUGUUCUAAACCUAUUUCAGUUUAGGUCCCUCGGUAUGAAUUGCUGCUGCUGCUUCAGUUUUAUAUGGGGUUGUAUUAAACAGUAAUAAUAACGUCGAUGCCUUUUGGGAAUACGUUGUCAUGAUGUGCCUGCCCCUUCCCUGGCCCUCCUGCACCCCGUGGCACCGGCGCCCAUGGCACCAUAUUGGUGCGUGGUGUGGUUGUGCCGCAGGGGUUUGGCAGUGCCAGCGAGGGGUUGGGAUGGUGCCGGGGAUGGGGCUGCACCCCCUGCCCCAGCCAUUGGCUCCCAUGGGAAGGAGCAGGGGGCUGGGAUCAUGCCGGACCCCAAGGCAUUGGUCCAGCCCGCCCCGGGCGAUGCCCACCAGUGCCUUACCGGGAGCAUCCGCAUCCUGCCCGAGCUCUGCUCCAUGGAGCUGGUGCUGGGGAGGACACGCUGGGGUGUUUCCCUGGUCAGGGAAGGGGACUCGUCUCUCCCCUUCCCUCCCUCCCUGUCACCGGCGUUGAGACUCCGGAGCCAGGCCGCUAUUACUUGAAAAGUUUAUUUUGCCUUUGUAUGGAGAAAUAUUAUUUGUUGUAAACUCUUCUGUAAUGAAUCUGGAAUUCUUGUAAUUAUUAAAGACUUUAACCCAGACCCCA